AUGAUUAGCAGGUAUCUAAAUUUCUUCGAAAGUGAUCCACUUACCCCUCGUCAUCUUUUCUCGUGUCUGGUUGGUUGUGAAUCCCGCGGAUCUCAACCACUACCAGCAUUUUGGGACAACUUAUCGAAGAGCUGGUUAACCAAGCGAGCGUUGAGAGAGCUAGACCGAAGAAACAUUCAAGCUGCUCCAAGCCCACCUCGUUCACCGCAUCGACGAGCGCGCCGGCCAGUCACUCGAAACUUCCUCGCUGAGUCGAAGAGACGUCGUCAAACCGCUCAAUACACAACUGACUAUCUUCGCUGCUGCGAGCCGAGGAUUUUAAAGGACAUAAAGCUAUUUGCCAGACACGGUGGUCCCAAUCUGUCAGACCUGAGGAACUACCCCGAACCUAUCCACCCGUCCAAUCACGCGAUGAGCUCGAGCCAGUCGAGUUCUCAGAGUCGACAACUGGGUUCUGCAACUACCUCGAGCACCAAGCCCACUACGAAUACGACAAGAGCCACUGGGGUUUAUGACCGUGCCUUUCAACAACGCCUUGUUGAUAAUGAUGUUUAUCCUGAUGCAUACGAAUACCCUAAUGGCAGUUCAGUAAUUCCUACCAUUGAAGGCAAGAUCGGGGAUGUGAAAUGCCGCUCAGGAGAAAUCCCGUUCACUAACCUUGACCCUCUGAUGGACGGCACGCUUAAGCCCGGCAACCCGGAUAUCUACUAUGGAGCCCGCCCAGAACAGCUUAGUCGAAAGGUCCGCGACGAGCUUAACGGCCGUAUCAUCCCUUUAACGCAGCACGACCUCCCCAUGGCACCAAACUUCUUCCUGGCAGCUAAGGGGCCGGAUGGAUCAGCCGCAGUGGCCAAACGACAAGCUUGUUACGACGGUGCGCUGGGAGCGAGAGGCAUGCACAGUCUUCAGUUAUACGGGAGAGACGCACCUGUCUACGACAACAACGCAUACACGAUGACCUCUACAUAUCACGACGGCCAACUUAAGAUGUAUACCAGCCACGUUGCCCCGCCACACAGUCCUAGCGGCCAGCCGCAGUACUACAUGAAUCAGCUACGGUCCUUCGCUAUAACCGACACACGAGACACUUGUGCAGCUGGACUGCAAGCAUACAGGAAUGGACGAGAUUGGGCUGAGAAGCAGAGGAACGAGGCAAUUAGGCAGGCGAAUGAGAGAGCAAACCCUGUGGAAGCUGCAGCGCCUGCUGGCGAUGCGGGCGCUAGCCCGGCUUUAAGCUUCGUGACUGCCGCGUCGGAGACGGAAGCCUACACUAUGAGCCAAGAGUCUCAGACACAUUUAGAUGAAGACUUUGACGAACCCGAUAGCUCAAUAGAGGAGCUUAAAGAUUACAUACUCCCAGCUAAACAUGUUUCAAGCGGCAUGGGACACGACGAUGGAAGCACUCUAAAUGCCAUACAGACUGGUACGGCUGUCCCGCCGCAAUGGGUAUGGGAUAAGGACGCUCAAAAAUAUCGAUACUGGAAUGGCAGCAAAUGGAUCUGGCAGUAA